GCUCAGCUUCACAGCUGUUUUGCGGCGAGACUGAUAGCAUGUGUUUUCGCGUGAGAUUGAUUCAGUAGAGCACAAGGUAAAUAAGCGAAUUAUUGUGCUGCAUUUAUUGUUAUUAAUCAAAAGUACAAAAAUCAAAUAAGCUUUGAUAAACAACCUGAUAAGCAGUCUGCACAUUAAAGCGGAAUAAGAACAACAGCGAACGUCGUAGGAACCUUAAAAAUUGGCAACAAAGAGUCAAGUCACUGAAGAGAGCACACACCGAGUAUACGUUGCACUCUGUCUACCUGCUGAUCAAAGCGAUAAAAACAUCGAUCAACUAUACAAAAAUGGUCAACGAUGAGUCUAGCGAUCGAAAGGAUGACAAGAUCGGCUACAUCCACAUACAGGACAUUCCGUCGUUGAAUCAAAGCCACUGCAGAAUGCGCGAUCCGAAGCUUGUGGAGAAGAUCAUCAAUGAAUUUGUGUGUGGCGGACCGGAGAGAAUGCAAUUCGUGUCGGACUUUGACUAUACGAUCACCAAACAACGGACGGAGGAUAAUGAGGCAGUACUCUCAAGCUUUGGAAUUUUCAAUACGUGCAAAUCUCUGCCAUCGUACUAUAGGGAUGAGACGGACAAGCUCUUUCGCAAAUAUCGACCCAUCGAGAUUGAUCCCAAUAUACCUAUUGAGGAGAAGGUUGAGUAUAUGAUUGAAUGGUGGACAAAAUCGGCCCAACUUGCCAGUGGAUUCGCGUUCGAUCAGACUGAAAUAGAUCAGACAGCCAGCAAAUUCAAACGUGCGCUACGUGACCGAACUCACGAGCUUUUUGCAGAUCUGCUUCGCUUGGAAAUACCGGUGCUUGUGUUCUCCGCCGGACUUGGCAACUCGGUGGUCUCAGUGCUGCAGCAGGCAAACAUCAUGCAUCCCAAUGUCAAGGUCGUUUCGAACUUUCUGCAGUAUCGCGAUGGUCUUCUCGAUGGUUUCCAGCAGCCGAUGAUACACACCUUCAACAAGAAUGAAACGGUCCUGAAUGGCAGCGAGUAUUAUGAACUUGUUCACACACGUGACCACAUCAUCGUCAUGGGCGAUUCUCUGGGCGAUGCUGACAUGGCUAACGGAGUUCCGGCCUCAUCGCACAUUCUCAAGAUAGGUUUUCUGUUUGAUCACGUGGAGGCAAACAUGGAAAAGUAUAUGAAUACAUUUGACAUUGUGCUCGUGGAUGAUCAGACAAUGGACGUGCCUCGAGCUCUUCUCGCUCUCAUUGAGCAGCGUCAUCAGUUACGCCAUCCACACGUUACCAAUGGAGAGCAAGUUCAGCUAAGCUCUGCACUCUGAAUUACCAAAGUUCCGGCUCCUCUGGACAGCAACUCAAGUGCUAAUUGUUGAUGCACAAAAGUAAAAAAAACAGAAGCUACUAAUUAAAUGGUUUAGAUUUAAAGCCUCACUCAUGUUUCAUUUUAUUUAUGUAUGUACAUAUUUACAUAUACUAUUAUAACAAAUUUGCAAAUACAUAAUUAGAAACGCAUGAGCGUUUA